GCGAAGCAGACACAAGCUGCUUGUGAGAAUCACUGCAGUGACCGUCUCCGUAGUAACCAGACAACAAACCAGAGCCUGGCACUCCCGCCCAUGACUUCUGAUUGGCUAACUCCUAAGUUCAGUGGAUCUAAUUGGCCCGUGGCAACGUCACUCAGCCGGAAGAAAGGCAGCCCAGCAAGUUUGUGUAGUCACAGUCAGCACAAAUGUGAAUAGGCUUGUGGGUUUUUUGUGUUGCGAGAAAUAUGUUUUUAGUAGGGUAGUAGUAGAGUUUUACCCUUUAUUAGAUACAUAUUUAAAGCUAUAUUAUAUAUUGUGAAGGGUAAGUCAGUGCUGACUGUAAUAUGGUGCUCAGCAAGAGGUUUUCUAAGGACAUGAGUCCAAUGCUUCCUGCAGUGGAAGAGGUAAAGGAUGCUGAGGAGGAGGAAGUCAGUCAUUCCUUAGGAGGAGUUCCUAGCAGACCACCAAGCAGACCACUGCCACCCGUGAGCCGAGGAAGCGUUGACAAUACAAUUGUACUAAGGGCAGCUACAGCAAUGUCCAUGACUGACGAAGAUAAGAAGCAGGAGAUGUAUGAGGAUAUACCCUCCAAAGAAGAGACAGAAGAAUCGGUUCCAGAUCAACACCCUGAAGACUCUGAAAAACCUAAAGAAGAUUCUGAUGACUGGGACACAGACUUAGAAAUUGAAGAAGUCAGACAUUCGUAUGACCCCUCUGGUAAAGCCAGAUACCAGUCAGCCUGCCAGCUAUUUGGAGUAGUUCCAGUUUCAUACUUCUUGCGUCAUAUGGGGGACUCUGAGCUCAUAAUGAGGCAUCACGGACUUGGAGCACAGGCUACUAAAGCAAUUGCUCUCUCGUUGGUGACCAACACUUCAAUUGUGACUUUAGAUCUCAGUGAUAAUUGGCUGGAAGGAGAAGCAUCAGCUGCUAUUGCAGAUAUGUUGAAAGAAAACUGCUAUAUUUCAGAGCUACACUUGUGUGACAAUAAGCUAGCACUGAAAGGUGCUAAAGCUCUAUCUCUGAUGCUCAUGGAGAACAUAACCCUUCAGAAGGUGAACCUGUCCGGAAAUGAGUUUGAUGACCAGGCUGCUGCCUGUUUUUCUGAGGCCCUAAUGAACAAUCAGAAGGUGGAAUCUUUGGAUCUCAGCCAUAAUAUGUUUGGAGAUGGAUCAGGUGAGAUUUUGGGGGCUGCGAUUGCUGAAAACACAGGAAUGCUGGAUUUAAAUCUCAGCUGGAACUAUUUUCGAGGAAAAUCAGCUGUAGCCAUUGCUAAGGGAUUAGGGGCCAAUAUUUUUCUGAGAGUACUAGACCUGUCAUACAAUGGCUUUGGAAAUGAUGGAGCAGCGGCAUUAGGAGAGGCUCUGAAAGUUAAUAAUGUAUUAGAAGAAUUAAAUAUCAGCAACAACCGGAUUGCCAUACAAGGUGCAGUGCGGUUUGCAUUGUGCCUUAAAGAAAAUAAAACCCUGAGAGUGCUAAAGAUGGCCAGAAAUCCAAUGCAAAGUGAUGGAUGCUUUGCCGUUCUAAAGGCAAUUCAAGCAAACUCAGAGUCAGCUAUAGAGUCACUUGAUUUCUCUGAUAUUGUGGUAAAUAAACAGUUUGAUGAUCUGCAUGCUGCAGUAAGGACUACUAUGCCAAAUUUAUCUAUCAAGCUUGGAGGGAAUUCUGACAUGUUCAAAAGAACUAAUCAUAAGGCUGAUCCAAUGAGCAAAAUAAAAGACUACACAAAGAGAAAUAACCUGCAGGCAACUGAAUUGUUUGGAAAAAUGGAGGAGGAAAAGAGCGGCCUGGUGACUCAUGACAACUUUGAACGCACCUUAAUGAAUAUUGGAAUUGCAAUGUCUAAAGAAGAAAUUCAGCAGCUGAUCAAUUUCCUGGACAAAGACAAGAGCGGCAUGAUUGAUAUUAGUGUGCUUCACAAAGCCCUGUCUUCUUGAACAGUGAUAAAGUUGAGGUUUUCUUCGGUGGAGCAUUUUCAUGUCGACAACAGUUUUUAACCUUAUAUUCAUUUUUUUAAAAAUUAUAUUUAAUUAUAUAUCAUUUUAUUCAUAGAUUUAUAGCUUAAAAGGUAGGUUGUCUGCAAAUGACAUGCCAUAAAGUCUGAACAGCCAUGGCCAUAUCAUGGGUUAGACCCACAGUGAUUAGAUAUUUAUCCCCUAUCCAGUGGCUAGGGGAUAAGUAUUGUUUGUGGAGUAACCCCUUGAAGGGCAUCUGUCAGCAGAUUUGUACCUGGCUGACCUGUCACAAGUGCACUUGGCAGCUGAAGGCA